AUGUUUUCACAAGAGUUCUUCCCGUACGAGCCGGAAUCUGGGUCAUCUACGCACCGGCGCAAUCGCACACAACCCUUGCUACUUGCGCGCAAGUCAUCCUCCUCCAGCAAUGCGUAUUUGCGCGAGCUUCUCGAUCCUGCUGUAGGUCUUUCAGCCAUGCCUCCCAGUUGCCGCACUAUCGGCUCACCUCAUUGGGGUCACUUUACCACAGCACCUGAACAAGUCACACCAGCAGGAGAGCUCAAGGCGUCAAACCUCUUGAGAGACCGCGGAAUGACAUCCAGCUACAAUCCUCCGAAGGACGAAUGGUGCUUCUUGGGCGCAGAUCAGCCAGAGCCUAUCCCAAAAUACAUGCCGUCGCGCGUACAGGACCAUCGCAGGCGAAAGCGAGGAGCAGACAUGAACUGGGCGACAGUGAGCGGGCAGGAUGAGGGUGCCAGGCCGAAGCGGACAACAGCGCCUAUCCAGUUUCUCAAGCAAGCACCAAGACGAGUAAACACCAGCUCAGAGCUCACAGCCUCACUUGAAACAGAAUCGAUUAAUGAAGAGAAGAAACUGAGAUUGGCGGAGAGAUUCGCGCUCGAGGGACUGAACUGUGAGGAUCUUCCUUCGGCGUUCGACUCAGACGACGAAGAACAAUGUCAGGAUAUCUAG